ACUAGAAACCGUUUGGGUUCAUCUCAAAAAAAGAAAAAAAGGAAAGUUAACUCUACCUACUACUACUCUUCUUCUUCUUCUUCCUUUGCCUCUGGUUCUAGGGUUUUUAUUAGGCACAUCCAUCUACUUAUUAGAACAAUUUUGUUGAUUUAUUUAGUCUUUAGGAUUAGAUUUUGGAAGCAAACAUUGUUUAAUGACAAAUAAUGGGGAGGAUUUCUGGUCUUUAUGGAAUUUUAACUUCAGGUACUGUACGUCAUAAUAUUCAUGUGACCAGCUCAACUGGUGUAGCAUCAACAGCUUAAAGGUACCGAUUGUGUGUCUCCAUGUUGCCAGAGGGUUAGUGGACGGAUGGCUUAUGCAAAGACCGCCACUCGUCUCAAGGGUUCAUUUAUCCAUCAGCUGCUAGUAAUUGCUAUCUGUUUGACUAGCUAUCAGAAUGUAGUGGCUCUACAUGUGCCACAUAAGAUAACCCAAACUUCUUCCACGUCUGAACUAGCUACCCCUCCCAGAAGUGGAAUCUUUGAACCAAUUGAGAUACCACCUGCUGUCAUCCCUCAGUAUCCUUUCCCGGGGAAAUCAUUGCCGCCAAUGUACCCUUCCUUUCCGAAGACAUAUGACCCUGUCUUGACUGGAAGAUGCCCUGUGAAUUUCUCUGUCAUUUCAAGCAUCACAGAAAAAACAGCAUCUGAUUGUACUCGAUCUUUGUCAAUGGUAGUUGGAAAUGUAAUAUGCUGUCCACAGUUCAAUAGCUUACUCCACAUAUUCCAGGGAUUUUACAGCAACCGUUCUGAUACUUUAGUUUUACAAAGUGCAGUAGCUGAUGAUUGCUUUAGAGAUAUCAUCAGUAUAUUAGCUAGUAAAGGAGCAAACAGCUCCAUUUCUGGUCUGUGCUCUGUGAAGUCAUCAAAUCUAACUGGUGGGUCUUGCCCUGUGAAGGACAUUGGUACUUUCGAAAAAAUUGUGAAUACAAGCAAGUUGUUGGAGUCUUGUAGCACAGUUGAUUCUCUUAAAGAAUGUUGUAGGCCUGUUUGCCAGCCUGCAAUUUCGGAGGCUGCACUUCUGAUUUCAGGGAUCAAGACGGCUCUUGGUGGUAAGAACAUAGUUGGAGUACCGAAUGAAAUUGAUACACUUAGCGACUGUAAAGGAGUGGUCUAUUCAUGGAUUGCAAGAACACUACAAUUUGAUGAUGCCAAUUCUGCAUUCCGGUUAUUGUCUUCCUGCAAAGUUAAUAAAGUGUGUCCCCUGGAAUUCAAGCAGCCAUUAGAAGUGGUCAAUGCAUGCAGAAAUUUAGCCGCUCCAAGCCCUUCAUGUUGUAGCUCAUUAAAUGCAUAUAUUGCUGGGAUACAGAAGCAGAUGUUGAUUACAAAUCGACAAGCAAUUAUAUGUGCUGCGGCAUUUGGUUUUAUGUUACAGAAGGCCGGGGUCAUGACAAAUGUUUACGAGCUUUGUGAUGUUGACCUGAAAGACUUCAGUCUCCAGGCAUACGGGCAAGAAGCAGGGUGCUUGCUUCGAAGUUAUCCAGCAGAUCUGGUGUAUGACAACUCAACAGGUUUCAGCUUUACUUGCGACUUAAAUGAUAAUAUUGCUGCUCCAUGGCCUUCAUCAUCGACAGCAACAUCCUGGACUCUUUGUGCUCCUGAGAUGUCUUUGCCAGCUCUACCAACAUCAGAAAUAUUGGGAAAUUAUAGCUGUCCCCGUGGUGGAGCGGAUCUCCUUGUGCCCAUUCUUUUGUUUUUUGUCUCUAUAUUGUUUUGAAGAGAUUUGCCAGAAGCUGAUCCAGUUUGAGUUAGAGCCCUGUAGGUACACUGAGUGACCAGAUAAUGUGUAUAUAUACUUUCGAAUAUCCUUCCUCAGUUCCUCGUGUAUAGUUUGCUGUCUUUUUGGUAAGUCAAUUCAUGGUUUUGCAAUAUUAGACUGUUCUACAGACUGCUUGCAAGCCUUUUUGUCAGUACUUCUAAUGCUUUUUUUUUU